UUUUCGGCCACCGUAGCGUUGGUUGCUAUGGUGCUGUAACGGGCCUGCAGAAUGUCGCUGUCCGCGCUGCCGCUGUCUCCCGCCCGGGUGUUCGCGGAGCUUUUAGCCCCGCCGCUCGGGGGUCGCGGGCGGGAGAACGAGCCGGUGCCGGGGCUCCUCGGCGGCCGCGGAACCCCAGUGCCGCCAGGGCGGGAGGUUCACGUGAGCGGCAGCGCGGAGCUGUGCGCGGCCCCGGACCGGGCGCGGGUCUCCAUCCGGCUGGGGAGCAGGAAGGGGGAGGCCGGGGAGGCGCGGAGCAGCGUGAGCCGGCGGCUGGAGUACAUCGCGCAGAGCGCCCGGCAGCGCGGGGUGCAGGAAGAAAAUGUGACUGUGACAAAGGAUUUUAGUAGAGUAGAAAAUGCUUAUCAAAUGGAAGCAGAGGUCUGCAUUACAUUUAGUGAUUUUGGAAAAAUGCAGAACGUUUGCAACUUACUCGUUGAGAAACUGGGUAGUUCUGUUAUCAUCAGUCCACCUCACUUCUACCAUACAGCAGAGGCUGUAGACACCCUUCGGCGUCAAGUGUGUCUUGCUGCUGUUGGGAACACACGUCGAAAAGCUCAAGAGGUCUGUCGACUGUUCGGCCAGUCACUGGGAAAACCGCUGCUUAUCAGAGAAGAGGAAAUGAAAGAAUGGGAAGGACAAAUAGACAGUCACCCAUCCAACUCCUCAGACACACUGACUGUGCAGCAGAGAAUCCAAAGUGCCACUAUUUAUGCUUCUUCAAAAAUAUUUGCUAUUUUUGAGAUAAAGGGAAGAGAAAAGAGAAAAAACAAGCUUAUCUAGAAG